AUGGCAAAAAUCUUCUCUGAGAGUCAUCUCAGAUGUAUAACAAUAACAUCAUUUAUUGUAGCAUGUAUGGCUAAAUUCUGGAUUGGAAAUGUGUUUACUUUCAAUGUAUAUUCACUGGCAUUGAAACACACAUUCAACUACACACAGGGUGACAUUGAUAUGAUGGCUGCCCUGCAACACUUUGGAUUUCAUUUUGCAUUCCCAGCUGGGAUAGUCCAGGAUAUGUUCGGACCUACGAUUACAUCAGGCAUUGGAUUAAUCCUAACAUCUAUAGGAUACGUAUUGUUAUGGAGUUCAACAAAGAGCAUCGAGUUUUACACUUCCAAACCAGGAUUGUUAAAGUUAUACUUCUUCAUGAUUGGACUCGGAGUGUCCUUCACAUACAUGGCAGCUUUGACGACCACUAUAAGUAACUUCACCAGCAAACACCGUGUUCCGGCUUUAGCUGUUCUGGAAUCAUUCUUGGGAGUAGGUGCCUUUGUAUUCUCCCUCUUAUAUGCUGUUGUUUUUACAAAUGGCCACAUAUAUGAUGUACAGAACCAAAAUUGGUCAGAUUUUAUUAUGAUGCUAACAAUCGGUUCAAGUAUCGCAAACUGUUGCUGUGUUGUCUUUUUACGAAUUGUCCCAGAUGACAGUGAUGGAGAUGAAAAAAUUGAAACCACAGAUGAGAAUGAUCUAAAUGAUAUCUUUGCUGAAACUACAGAUGACUCGGAAUCUACAGAACUUGUCCAUCAUGAAGAUGAUGAAAGGAGCAGUAAGUCCUCGAUAUAUAAACUGAUCAAAGAAAGCUGGUUGGAUUUCAAAAGGACUUUUAUAACUAAAAACUUCCAAAUAAUGCUCUGGUUAUCGAGUAUUAUCACACCGGUUGGUUUUGUUUAUUUAAUAAACAUCACAGCAAUCUUGAAAUCUGCUGGACUUCAGACAUAUAGUGGUAUAUUUACAAUUCUAUGCCCAAUCGCAGAAACGUUAGCACGUGCUUUACUAGCUGUGAUUGCUAAAUUGCUAAAGGGGAAAGUAAAGAAACCUAUUCUUUUUCUUAUUACCAACAUGGGUUUUGUUGUAGGCCAAGGAUUACUGAUUAGUCUAGGCACUAACUUAGCAGCAUUACAUACAGCAAAUAUUGUCAUGUCCAUGGCUCGUUCAUGCUCGUUUGUGCUUAUUGUGGCAAUAUUAAGUGACAUGUUUAGCCAAAAGAAAUUUGGCCGUAUUUGGGGAUUCAUUUUAUUUGUGUCCACUAUUUUUAGUUUUUUAUACCCAAUGAUAUUCGGGCUAGUCUAUGAUGCACAUACAAAGAUUGGCGACGUAGAUUGUUCUGGACUAGCCUGCACCCAACUUACAUUUAUAUUCACUAGUGUGUUCACCUUUGCUGCUUUUAUAUUGAAUAUUGUACUUAUUAUAGACACACUUAGUAUAACCUGA